CGGCUCCUGCAGACCAGAGGAGGUCACAGGGAGACUUGGCAUCGCUUCGUGACGGGGUUCCUCCUGCUGGCGUCACGUCGUCUCAGCGUGGAGCAGCGACCGCCGUGCACGCGGAGGCGGGGAGCGGCUGUCCGUGGUGCUGAUGGGAGUGAUGCUCUCCAGCUCCACGCUCGCGCUACUGCGCAUGUUGCAUGACAGGUACACGCAAAGCCUCCAUCUUGGGCAUCCCGAGCCGAGGCGAAAGGGCAGCAGCCAUACAUGAACACGCACGAGAGCAAAAGAACAAAACGCACGAGCCCAAAACAGCAAGGAGCGGGCGCGGAGGGGAAAUGGCAAAUGGCCGAGGUGUAACUUUGUUUGCAUCUUUUUAAAACGCGCUCCAGGAGCGGACUGAGAGGGGGGGGGAUGAAAGACGACGGCUCCGGGAGGCUCUGAGAAGAUCCUGCUUGUCUUCUGUUGUCGUGCACGCAGCUCUGCAGGACCCAGCUCUGUGAGGAACCGACAGGUGACACCCACGAACCGCACAUCUGCCACCAGAAUGGACAGGAAGAAGUUUGCCAUCUUUCUCCUGCUCCUGUUUCUUUGUCCGGAGGGUGGAUCUGCUAAAGAGAAAGGAGCUAAGAAAGGGAAGAAGAAAGGAAAGCAGGUUUACUGUCCAUCACAGCUGUCAUCUGAGGAUCUGGCUCGAGUCCCUGCUAACUCAACCAGCAACAUCUUGAACAGGUUACUGAUCAGCUAUGAUCCCAGAAUAAGACCCAACUUCAAAGGAAUUCCUGUGGAAGACAGAGUGAACAUUUUCAUCAACAGCUUCGGCUCCAUUCAAGAAACAACCAUGGACUACAGGGUGAACAUCUUCCUGCGGCAGCGCUGGAAUGACCCCAGGCUGAAGCUGCCGCAAGACUUCAAGUCAGAUUCGCUCACGGUCGAUCCCAAGAUGUUCAAGUGUCUCUGGAAACCGGAUCUGUUCUUCGCCAACGAGAAGAGUGCCAACUUUCAUGACGUCACUCAAGAGAACAUUCUCCUCUUCAUCUUCCGCAACGGAGACGUUCUUAUCAGCAUGAGGCUGUCAGUCACUCUUUCAUGUCCACUGGAUCUGACCUUGUUUCCCAUGGACACCCAAAGGUGUAAAAUGCAACUUGAAAGCUUCGGCUACACGACAGACGACCUGCAGUUCAUGUGGCAGACAGGAGACCCGGUGCAAAUGGACGCCAUCGCUCUUCCACAGUUUGAUAUCAGACAAGAAGACAUCGAUUAUGGAAACUGCACCAAAUUCUAUGAAGGAACAGGAUAUUACACUUGUGUGGAGGUUAUCUUUACCCUCCGGCGACAAGUUGGCUUCUACAUGAUGGGUGUUUACGCUCCCACGCUGCUCAUCGUCGUUCUUUCCUGGCUGUCCUUCUGGAUCAACCCUGACGCGAGCGCUGCCAGGGUUCCUCUGGGUAUCCUCUCCGUGCUCUCCUUGUCUUCUGAGUGCACCUCCUUAGCGUCUGAGCUGCCCAAAGUGUCCUACGUCAAGGCCAUUGAUAUCUGGCUUAUCGCUUGCCUGCUGUUUGGUUUCGCUUCGCUGGUGGAGUACGCUGUGGUUCAAGUGAUGCUGAACAGCCCGAAGCACAUCGAGGCAGAAAAGGCCAGGAUAGCAUCCAAGGAGAAAGUUGCAGGAAAGAUCCCCGCUGCCAGGAGCACCACCAACAACGGGACUGGAGGAACCCCGCUUCACGUCAGCACCUUGCAUGUGGGAGAGACCCGCUGCAAAAAGGUGUGCACGUCCAAAUCCGAUCUGAGGACCAACGACUUCAGCAUCGUGGGAUCUCUCCCGCGGGACUUUGAGCUGUCCAACUUUGACUGCUACGGGAAGCCCAUCGAGACCGGCUCUGGUUUUAGCAAAUCUCAGGCAAAGAACAAGAAACCACCUCCUCCGAAACCGGUCAUCCCCUCCGCUGCCAAAAGGGUUGACCUGUAUUCCAGAGCCCUCUUCCCGUUCUCCUUCCUCUUCUUCAAUGUGAUUUAUUGGUCCAUUUACUUGUGAUUAUCUUGUAUUAUUUCCCCCUGAGCCCAUGUCCCCUGGUUCUUUGUUACAAACUUCAGUUUGAGGAGAUGUGAACCUUACCCUGCAGAAUAACUGCUGAGAAGAAAGUAAAAGUCCUUUGUGUUGUUGCAUUAAUCCCUGUAUGAACAAAGAAUCUGUUUGUAAAAAAAAUAUUUCCUAUUUUUUUCUCAGAUGUUUAUAUCAUAUUCUAAAUAUGUUACUGAUCUGAAGCUGUUAUUGGGAGAGAAAUGUAAAAUGAUAAAUGGAACUGUUGUGGUGAAUAAUGGAAACCAGUCCACGCAGACUGAGUGUGGAAGAACAGAAGAACGUUUGCUUACAGCUCUUUUCUUCUUACGACCUCACCCAGUGGGUGUUUGCUCACAAGUUUAAGAAGUUUUAAAUUGAAGUUUCAGUGCCAUGCCAAGUACACUUUAUUUAUCGUGCAUGUUAAAUUUACUGCAUGUGUUUGAAGGUUAAAAUAAAAAUAUCUAAAUAUUUGUUUAUGAGCUGUUACUAAACUUAUGAUUUGCUCUUGAGACAAACUAAGUGAAAUGUGAAACGGUCCAGUUUCUGUCCAGACGGUCACACUGCCACUUCUCCUCUGACAUGUCCUGCCGGGUCACUUCUGAGCGGUGCACAUGUAUUUAUGAAAUUUACAAUAAGAAUAAAGAUCAAAUGACUUUUCACCAUUUGAUGUUGUUAAAAAUAAACACAC